UUGCUCUUGAAAGUCACAAUCUCCAACUCAAAUACAAGCACGGAAGAAUCUUGUUAACUUAUCUUUCCACCAUCAUUUGAAUUUCCAGUGCUCUUUUCCCAUCGAUCCUACCUAUAAGCCCCCAAACUCUCGAUGAUUUCUAUAUAUUCAAAUUAAAAUAUUCAUCAACCAAUUUUUUUUUUUUUGUGUUUUAUAUAAUUCAUUUCUUAAUCCAAAUCCUUUCCAUCGAUCAAUAAAUUAGCCUAUGCGUUCUCUUCCCUCUUCUGCAAUCCCAGGAUAACUAACACAACCGAAAAACCAAACCAUGUUCCCAUUUUUCAGGUACAACUCUUUCUUCUUCUUCAUAUGCCUAUGCUUCCUCUGUUUUUCCCCCCCUGCCUUUCCCGCCAGAAUUUUACCGGACUCAGUAACUGUAUUAACCGCCGCCUCCGACGUCCACAACGCCACAUGGCACGACUUCUCAAGGUUCCUAGACGCCGGGAAAGGAAGCCUAGUUAGCGGCAUGUCCGAGCUCAAGAACUACUUCCACCGUUUUGGCUACUUACCCAAUUCCAACUUCACUGAUUUUUUCGACACAGAAUUUGAGUCCGCCUUGACUCUAUACCAGUCCAAGCUGAGCCUGCCCGUCACAGGCAAGCUGGACACAGACACCAUCUCGGCGAUAAUUUCACCGAGGUGUGGUGUCAGUGACAUGUCGCAACAUACGGCUCUGCAUGCGACGCGUCACUUCGCCUACUUCUACGGCAAGCCGAGGUGGGCGCGCCCUUCCCCCGUAUCGCUCACAUACGCUUUCUCCCCCAAUCACAUGGUGAGUUACCUGAACCCAUCAGAUGUUCGAGACAUUUUUCACCGCGCUUUUUCGCGGUGGUCGGCGGUGAUCCCUGUGAACUUCACCGAGACCGACGACUACGCUUCCGCGGAUAUUAAAAUAGGGUUUUACCGCGGCGACCACGGGGACGGGGAGCCGUUCGACGGGGUGUUGGGGGUGCUGGGGCAUGCUUUUUCGCCCGAGAACGGGAGGUUCCACCUGGACGCGGCGGAAUCAUGGGCCAUUGAUUUCAAAACGGAUAAGUCAAAGGUGGCUAUUGAUUUGGAAUCGGUGGCGACUCAUGAGAUAGGGCAUGUACUCGGGCUGGCUCACGCCUCGGUCAAGGAGGCCGUUAUGUACCCGAGCCUGAGUCCUCGGACCAAGAAGGUGGACCUCAAGAUUGAUGACGUGGAAGGUGUCCAAGCUUUGUAUGGGUCCAACCCUAAUUUCAAAUUUGGCUCAUUGCAGAGUGAAAAUUCUUACAACCAUGCAGUUUCUUUGAAGUCAAGGUCUUCCUUUAGGUGGUCCAUUUUGUUAACACUCACCACCACUUUGGUAUUGCUCUUAGGCCUUAAUUUGGCCACCUGAGAAUUAUUGGUAGGCUCUUUUCUUAACCUCUUUUUUUUCUUUUUUCUUUUUUUUUUUUUCAAAUUGGUCGAAAAUUCUUAUACUUGUAUUCUUUAUAGUGAAAUUGUAGGGACAAAAUACUAAAUAAAAGUUAAAUGAAUUCUUUCUAUAUAAUCUUUUUGUAUUAGGCUGAAAACCAUAAAACACGUACUUUUUCUUUUUCUUUUUGUAGACUCUCAUUUAUUUAUGAUUUUUUAGAUAUUUUUUUUGUCAAACAAUAGAUUAAAUGUUAGAUUAGUCACAAAUGAGGUUCGAAUCCAUGCCGUCAUGCAAGAGCUCAACUCCUUCCACCAUUGUGGUAAAGAGCCACUUGUGGCUAUUUGGAUUGAAUGAAUCAAAAGGAAAUCAAGAAACAUGAUUAAACGGGAUAUGCACAAGAAGAAAAUGGAUAUGGGAAUCAUUUUUAAAAGAAGGCAGAAGGGAAAACCCCAGAAGGAGAAUGACAAUGAGAAGUCAAUGCUUGUGUCUAAUUAAGCUGAGGACUAAUAAAUCCUAGCUAGUGGGAAUGUUUUGUGCGAUGGAAGUCCUAUGCCACCAACCCAAUUUCUGUGAUAUAUACAAAUAAUAUGCUUGACCUAAAAAGGCGAGGAAAUAAAGGGUAUCACUUGCGUCCCAGGAUAGAUAAUCGUACCAGUUUCUCACAGAACAAGUCAGAAGGAACAAUCUAACGUGCAUGGGAGGAUUUAUAAGCUCGUCAUCGUCUAGAAAAAAAGGGUAUUACGAUUGUAUGAAUUAGGGAUGGGCAAAUACCCAUUGGUUAUGGGUAACCGCGAUUACCCGCCCAUUUAAAUUAAAUGGUUACGGUUAUGGGUAACCGUUUAGAUAAAUAAACAGUUAUGGGUAUAACCGUUUACCCGUGAAAUUUAAAUAGGCGGUUAUGUGUAUUAACCACGGUUAUCAAUGGGUAACCAUUUACCCAUUUAUUUUAUAUAUGUAAAACUAACACAAACCAUGUUCUCGAUCCAAUAAUACUUAGCACCCAAUAAAUUAGCAAGGAAUUCAUCGGUCAUUCUCUCAAU